AUGUUGUCUCUAGUGGUGAUAGGGUUUGUGUGCUUCGGAAGGCUAGCGUUCUGUACAGGACCUGGUUCGUGCACCGGACCUGGUGCAUGUACUGGACAGGGUUCGGGAUCGGGGACAGGAACGUGUACUGGAGCCAAUUCCUGUUCAGGGGUGAAAAGCGGUGGUGGUCAGCGCUCUUGUACCGCAGAGAGAUCAUGUAGCGGAGGGGAAUCGGGAAGCGGAAUUGAGACAUGCACGGGUAUUGCUUCAUGCAGAGGUCCCAAUAGCGGCGGAGGCUUGGGUUCGUGCACUGGAGCUGAUUCGUGCAGAGGAACUCAAAGCGGCGGAGGCACGAGAUCGUGCACUGGAAUCGGUUCGUGCAGAGGAACCCGAAGCGGCGGAGGCACGGGUUCUUGUACUGGAGGCAAUUCGUGUUCUACUCCGGACUCGGGCAAGUGUGAUAUGUGUUGUACUGCUCCAAAUUCAUGUAAU